AUGCUUAGCUCUAUGAUACAAUUUAAUAAGAAAAUAUUUUUGAGAAAUGAACUUUUCAAAACUUUUAUAAUACAAAAAGAAAAUGUAAUAAAAGGAAAAUGUUUUAUGAAUUUAAAAACAAAUAAUGAUAGAUAUAGAAAUUUUACAACCUUGUCAGAAGAAGCAGUAAAUGCUAUUACAAAUUUGAAGGAAGUUGUAAAAAAACAAGAUAAAAAAAAAAAAAAUAUAACAAGAGAAACCCUUAAAAAUUGUCAAGGGCAUAAAAGAAGAUAUAAGCUAUUUGGUAAUAGAGAAGAAUUUCAUAAUAUAGAUAGAGAUAAAAAUAAUUUAAUAAUAGAGCCAACUGAUUCAUUUCGAGCUGUUAUUACGACUUCUAAAAACAAUGUGCAUAUACAAGUUUUAAAUAAAAGUAAAAAUUAUAAAACAAUAUUUAAUUCUUUUGCUGGAAAUGUUGGAUUUACUAAAACUUUACAACAAAGUGAAAGAUGUGCAUAUAGGAUAGGAGAGAACAUUGCUAAAAAGUGCAAAAGACUUGGAAUCUUUUCGAUUGAUAUUAAAUUUAGAAGAAUCAUGAGAGUUGAAACAGUUUUACAAGCUAUGUAUGCAAACAACCUAAACAUAACAGAAAUAAUUCAUGAACCCCGAUUACCUAAAUGUGGAUUAAAUGCAUCAAAACCUCGAAAGAGACGACGUGUCUAA